AUAUUACUAAGUUCACGACACUAACUGUUUUCACGGCCUUGUGGACAUCUGGUCAUGUCAUUGUCAGAUGUGUGUCAAAUUGAAUUGGAAAACUCUUCGCUUUCAAUGGAAAAUGCACAAAUGGCAAAUGCUCAAAGUUUAAGUUAAAUGUUUUAUUUGGGUGUUCGGUUGCCAGGCUCUAACAAUGUUUGCCGUACGCUAUGUUGGAAUGACAUUUAAGCAAACUAGUCCCUUGAAGUUUCAAGUGCGACAUCAAUCAAUAUAUCAUCGUGGUGUAUCAUACCUUUUUAAGAAAAACUUGCUAUUAACAAAUAGUUUAACAUCAGGAUUAUGUAUGGCUAUUGGUGAUUUAGUACAACAAGAAAUUGAAUACCAACAAAAAAUAUUACCAAACAGAUAUGACUGGGGAAGAGCAGUACGCAUGCUUAUUGUGGGGACUGCGAUGGGCCCUCUGCAUCAUUACUAUUAUUGCCACUUAGACAAAGUUCUACCAAAAGUUAACUUAAAAAACGUAUUUAUAAAAAUUUUAUGUGAUCAAGGCUUUGCCUCACCAUUAACUAUAUUAUCAUUUUUUUAUGGCAUGGGGAUUUUAGAAAAAAGGUCAUUAUACGACAUUACGAUGGAAAUAAAAACGAAAUUUUUAUAUGUGUAUACGGCUGACUGUCUUUAUUGGCCACCAGUGCAAUUUGUAAAUUUUUAUUUUCUACCAACUUGUUACAGGGUAGUAUACAUAAACGUAGCAACAAUGAUAUUUAACAUCUUCCUAUCAUUUAUGAAACACUAUGAUCAACAUGAAAAAUAGAGACCAUAUUAAUAUUUAAUAUAUUUAUGUAAAUAAUAUAUUGUACAAGAAAGUAUUGGUUGAGUACCUAAUUCAGUAUUCAGAUAAUGUGAAUGCACAUAACUUAAAACAAUAUCUUUUAUUUAGUUGCUGGUUAGCUAAGUAUAAGAAAAUGAAAUAAAAAAUAAUGUUAUUAUAAUUUUA